AUGUUUCUCCAAGUGACAAGCCUGUUCAUCUUUUCCUCAAGUGGCGUUUCAGUCACACAUGGAUCAACCUCGACAAGCCAUCGGCCAUUCUACUUAUUCGGACACAUGGCGAACAGCCUGGCAGACGUCGACAACUUUGUGACGCAGGGUGCAAAUGCCAUCGAAGCUGACGUCAGAUUUGCCUCCGACGGAACGGCGCUGGAUUUCUAUCACGGCGCGCUUUGCGGCUGCGGUCGCGACUGCUUCAAAUCAGCGGAAGUUCCCGAGUACCUGUCCUACCUGAGGGACGCGGUCAAUGAAGGUGGCAAGUUUGCCGGCAAGUUGCAGCUCCUUCACAUCAACGCGAAGGCUGGAAACCUUCUUCCUGGCAAGAAAUACGAGGCCGGCAUCAACUUGGCCAAAAGCUUAUUGCGCUACCUGUGGAACAACGGAUCUGUUACGUCCCAGAACAAGCUGAACGUGAUCCUGUCUGUCUUCACAACGCUGGACAAAUACAUCAUCUCGGGAGCACUGGAUACCAUCAAGCGGGCCGACAAUUCCUCGCAGUAUCUCGACCACGUGGGUUUUGACAUCAGUGGACACGAGUUGCUGAACAUCAUAGCCAACACGUACGAAGAGCUGGGCAUUUGGCAACAUCGCUGGCAGGGUGAUGGCUCGGCUAAUUGCGUCAUUGACGGCUACGGGGAUUUACGCACGGAAGCAGUGACGUCACGACGAACGGCGGCGAACACGACGCAUGACUACGUGGACAAGGCGUACGUGUGGACGGUUGACACUUCACUCAGCGUGCGUCGAUUCCUGAGGAAGAAUAUUGACGGCAUUAUGACCAACGUGCCAGCAAAUGUCCUCGAUAUCCUCAAAGAAGACGAGUUCUCAAAUAUGUACAGGCUUGCAACUGCCCAGGACAGCCCAUGGAAGCGUAUUGUUUAA